AUGCGUGGGACUUUCAUUCUUUCUUUGCUUUCUGCGGCGCUGGGCGCCAGCGCUGCUAUUUCUCAGUCUAACCUCAAGACUCAUGUCGAUGUGCUGGCACUCGACUACUCCUUUAACCCAGUCAAGGCGGCAUACUGGACUGGAUAUCCCCACCACCGUCGUACUCCCUUUUCGGUGUCGCCCAAUGGGAAAUCAUUGUAUAUUGCCUAUCUUGACUCCAGUGCCACGGAUGUUCAUGUGCAGCAGCUGGAUCCUACCACCUUCGCUGCUACUGGUACAACUGUGACCGUCUCUGGCGGAAAAGAAGCUGGAGGUCUUGUGGCUCACAAUGAUGGGUUUGCCCUUCUGACGAGCGAGGCCAUGCCCUCUGGCACCACCAAUGCACCACCGAACGAUACCCCUGUUCCCGUGCUCUACCGCUACACUUUAGGGAAACAGACAUGGAAGACCUGGCUGGGUGGACCUGGCGUCCACGAGUCCGAAGGACUUUCUGCCUCUCCCGACAUGAACGGCGACCUGGUAUACUCCGAGAGUGCGGAGCUCUACGGCGCAUACUUUGUCGUGACUGAUUACUCCGGUGACGCAUCGGGCCAUUUCGGUGAUAGCGUGGAGUACGUCUCGGCAAGCGGGAAAUUGGAAAUCAUCUCUGGAGCUAGCAGUGCAUGGGGUUGCAGCCACAACACCGGCAUUGCAUUCGAAGCAGCCGACGACGCCCCCUUCGCCGGUAUUUGCGCCGAAGAUCAGGGCGCGAUCUGGUUGAACACCAAGACACAAGGGAUGUCCACCGACGGAGUCAAAAUUUCCAACGAGAACACUACAAAUGGCGCGUCUGGUGAGCCUAUGGGUGGUAUGUCUGGUAGCUACAGUGCGUUGGCUCGGUUUGCCGAUACCACUAAGUAUAUCUUCGCCUGGGUUUCCCGUGGCGCGAUUCAUGUGACAGAGAACGCCUGGAUGGGAACUGGCUACACAAACGUGCAGAACCGCACGAACGGUCGCAAUGUUGCUAUUUCGAUUUUCUCUGAUAAGUAUACCAAGGUUGGCACCCAGGCCACGUCUGAGGUCGGCACCGACGAUGGAGAUAGCCAGGUCAACUGGGUGACAUCUGGAUCGAACGAUUGCUCAAAUGCUCACGCUGCCACCUUUGGAAAUAGCAAUGCCCUCGUUACCUGGGAGGAGAUCUCGAACCCGACUUGUGACUUCAUUGCCAUGGGAUGCCGUGGUAUCUUUGCUGGAACUUACUUCCAGCAGGUUGACUCCACCGGCUCCAAGGUUGGUGAAGCCUUCAGCGCUGACGAUGUUUACGUUGCCGGUGAUAUGGUGACUAUGUCAAAUGGUAGAAUCUGCUGGCCCUAUGUUGACAUGACUUGGGAUCUCUCGCAGUCCAUUGAUGACUCGUCCUCUGCGAGUGGCAAAAAGAUGAGCAUUGCUUGCGUAAGCCUCGAUGGUACAACGGAUUCCUCACCAAUCACGGCUGCUAGUAGCCAGACUACUGAAGCCGCGUCAAGUGCAACUACAAUCGAACAUACAAGUCAGACUACCGAACCCGCAGCCGAGGAUAUAAGUGGAAGCGUCGCCGCCAUCAGAGGCGGAUCUGGGAACACAUCGAGAAGUUCUGUGAUCGAAAUCGCAACGUCUGUUACUAGCUCCGCGGCCAGUGGCAUUGUGGAUGUUACCGCAGGUGGACCAGACAGUGAACUUCUGGCUGCCAGUACUAUUUAUACUACCAUCCCGAGCGGCACUCCUACCGGAAUCGCCAGGGGUCAUGGGCGGAAACAUGGCCACGGCUGGGGAUACCAUGACACGGAACGCCAUAGUUCAGAACACCACAGUUCAACAUAUGAUAAUGUCCCUGAGAGCGAGCCCGAGAUCGGUGGGGCUUGCAAGACCUAG